AUGCUGCGGGCUCGCUCGUCCCUAGGCUCGAUAUCAGGCCUACUGCACUACCGCCCCUCGUUGUCUAGCCGCAACAGCAACAGCAACAGCAACAGCAACAGCAACAGCAACACCGACCUCCCCGCUGACUCGUCCUCCUCGCCACCUCUCUCCCCCCGCCCACCACCUGCCCGUUCCGUCUUGCGUAGGGCUCCAGCCCAUGACCAAGACCCGUUUCUGCCACGCGUCCAGGUGCCCGACCUAGGCUUCGAUUUCGACCAACUCAUGCAGAACAAUGUCCAGGCACAAGACCCAGAUACACCGGGAUCCCCUUUCCUCGCCCCUUCGACUCUGCUACGUCGCGAUGGCCGCGCUCUCUCCAUGCUGCCAGCACAACGGCGGCUGCGAAACAUGAUGAGCUCUCCACGGAGGAGGCGGUCCGUAUGGCACGACGAGGACCACCUGGGCGGCGUCGAGCGGCGGAGACAGGGCGAGGACCAGGCUGACGUGCUCUCGCGGUUACUGUCCCUGGCAGCGGCCGCAACCGCAGCCUCGCUUGUCGGCGAUGACAACCAGCAAGCCACCCAAGACGGCACUUUUGACACCUUCCUCGAGUCACUUGAAAACGGUAGCAUAGCCUCGGCGUUGAGGGGAAACGAAGGGCCAGACAGCAGUGAGGCGGCAGGCGGAACACCGGCACCUCUCAAUUUCUUCAGGAUGUUCAGGUUUGGGACGUCUACGGAAAGCAGAACAGGCACGAGAGCGGGAAGCCGGGGCAGUGUGUCUGGGGGUGCUGUACAGGAUGGCGAGGACGGAAGCGAGGGUCGGAUGGUGCCCAUCAUCAUCGUAGGCAUCAGGUCCAUCACGCCGGGCGCUGGCACAGGGCAAGACGACAGCAACAUUCCCCCCUUUUUGGACGCCCUCUCUAGCUUCCCUACACCACCGACUUCUCCCGGCGACGCCAACGAGCAUGUACUGCGACCUCCCCAAAAUGGGACACGCUUCAGUCACCGCCGGCGUGCGUCCAUGGGCGGCUUCAACUUCCCCUCCAAUUACGACAGCCAACGACACCAUCGGGCGCAUGCACAAGACCGACCACGCCCUUGGUCAUCCGUCGCAGACGACUCUCCAACCGGUCCGCUUCCGCCUCCUUCCACCCCUGCUACCAUGCUAGGUCUCUCGGCUGAGCCAUCGGGCACGACCACACCGGCUGUUUCCACCUCUCCGCCGUCGCCCACAUCACAUUCCAACGUGCCUUCGCGGCGGGAAAGCGUCGCACGCAGACCCAACGGAUCCUCUCUUGAGCCUACCGUGGAGGAGCCCCAAACAUCGAAUCGGAGUGCCAGACCACGCCGUCUCAGUGAAUCCGACUUUACGCGCUAUGGAUCCGGCGCCGCCAGACGACGGGGUGUUGUGGAGCCAGACGACAACCCUGGCGAAGGGUCGAGAAGCUGGAUCAUCUACGUUCUUGGCGGCAGCUACCCAGAGAACCAUCCUCUCCUCACGACGCCCAGUCUCUUCACAGACUCACCCACUUACGAGGAUAUGAUGCUACUCUCGUCUCUUUUGGGCCCUGCAAAACCGCCAGUAGCAAGUGAAGAGGACGUAGCUUCUGCGCCUGGCUUGUUUCGUAUCAGGGGUGGUCCAGGAACUCUGAUCGCUGAGGCAACCGAAGGCGUUGAAACACUGAAUCUCGCAACGGAUGCACGCUGUCUUGUAUGUCUUUGUGAAUUUGAAGCAGAAGAAGAGGCGCGCAAACUGGUCAAAUGUGAGCAUUUAUUCCACAGGAUCUGCAUUGAUCAGUGGCUGACGACCGGCCGCAACUCCUGCCCCUUGUGCAGAGGAGAAGGCGUCCAGGAAACAAAUAAAGACGAUGCAGAAGCCCCUGAAGCCGAGAGUGCGCCGUUCGUCCAGCCCAUUGCCUGA